AUGACCGCUGAGGUUUCCGUUGUGGACAGAUUCACUAAAGAUGUGGUCAGUGAGGAGGGGGUGUUGACUCCAGGGAUUGUUUUUAAGGAGGAACCUGUUGGAGAGGAGGAAAAUGAAGAUGGAGGCGGUGAUCUUCUGUUUGACGCCAGGAGCUCACCUGAGCUCUACAUCCAAGGAGACCUUUACGCGGAAACUUUACGCACGCAGCCGGUGGUGUUCACCGGGAAGUUCUCUGUGGAUUCCAGAGUCGCAGGGGGACCGUGGACACAUAGUGACGUCAUCAACGUGGUCAGUGCUGAUAUUGGAACCUCGGUGCCGGCCGUGGUGUCCGGAUCACCUGGUGCCGCUGAGAUUUACGCAGCAGGAGGAGACUGCAGCAUGGCGCACGGACCGCCUGACAUCAGCCACAUGUACGCGCCUAGUCACCCCCACCCGUCCUACUCCUGCAGCGGGGACAUGUACCAGGACCCGUCUGUGUCAGGGGGGUACCUGGCCCCAUCCACCUGCGCCGCCUCCUACCACCAGCCGUACAGCUCCGCGCAGAAACCGCCUGAAGGCGCCGCGCUGCUGUCCAUCAUGCCGGAGUACGGCGGCUUCUACCAGCAGAGCUGCCAGAGGGAGAUCCAGAGCGGGUUCCCCGAGAGGAAACCCCUCCCGUACCCACUGGACCCUCUCAGAGUCCCCCCACCCCUCACACCCUUAAACACCAUCAGGAACUUUACGCUCGCGGCCCCGUCAGCAGAGGGUCCGAUGGCAGCCGCGUAUCCCGGCCACCAGAACCUUCCGCUCAGGCCCAUCCUGCGGCCCAGGAAGUACCCGAACCGGCCCAGCAAGACGCCAGUCCACCAGAGGCCCUACCCGUGUCCCGCGGAGAGCUGCGACCGCAGGUUCUCCCGCUCGGACGAGCUGAGCCGGCACCUGCGCAUCCACACGGGACACAAGCCGUUCCAGUGCCGCAUCUGCAUGCGCAACUUCAGCCGCAGCGACCACCUGACCACGCACAUCCGCACGCACACGGGGGAGAAACCGUUCUCCUGCGAGCAGUGCGGGAGGAAGUUCGCGCGGAGCGACGAGAGACGGAGACACCUGAAGAUCCACCUGAGACAGAAGGACAAAAAGACGUCUGCGUCCUAA